AUGCUGGGUCGUUCACUCACAUCAAGGCUUCGAGCUGCCUCUCGAUCUUUACAGACCCACCACACCGUGGAUUUCACCGCAAGAAACGAAGCCAUCUCACAGAAUCAAAACUUGUUCUACCCAUCUCUGUCAAAGCUCGAGGCAGCGACCUCUUCCAUAGCGCACUUCAAGCAAAAAUAUGCGAAUUUGAAGACCGACGACACGAACGCCAGGGAAGUUCUGCGUGCACGAAUCAGUUCGAUACGUCUGGCAGGUAAAAAUAUGUGUUUCAUCGAUGUAGGCAAUGCUCAGAACUCCACGCAACUGAUUCUCAAUUACAAUGUGAUGCUCCAACACACCCACGAUACCAAAAUCCCGCCAUUGACAAAAGAGGCAUUUUUCCAGCACGUCCAAGGGUUGAAACCCGGCGAUCAUAUACAGGCCCCAGGGUUCCCAGGUCUUUCACAACGAGAGCGCACGCUGUCGCUGAAAUGCACUCAGAUGGUCCAAAUUCUUGCACCAGCAUUGCAAGCGUUGCCUCCCAAAUUGAAUGACCUUGUGAAACGCAAUCAAAACCGUGCUUUGGAUUAUCAAGUGAAUGGAUACACCUCCUUGAUCACACGGCACCGAAUCUUAUCUGCAAUUCGUGAAUUUCUCAAUUCUCGAUCAUUUUUGGAAGUCGAGACUCCGAUUUUGUCACCAAAAUCUAACGGCGCUGCGGCUCGGGCUUUCGUGACGCGCGCACAAAGUACCCAGAAAACUCUUGAAUUGCGAGUCGCACCGGAAUUAUGGCUCAAACGAUUAAUUGUUGGCGGAUUGGAUCGCAUUUAUGAAAUCGGCAAAGUAUUCCGUAACGAGGGCGUCGAUGCAACUCACAGUCCAGAGUUCACUACGUUGGAGUUUUAUCAGUCCUACGCAUCCAUGGAGGAUUUGAUUGCACUCAGCGAAAAACUCUAUAUGCAUGUCUUGAACAGCGUCGAUACUCCGAUAGCACGGAAAUUAAAAGACGCUUUUGAGAACAAUGGUACCAAAUUCAACCGUGUUGAGUUCUUACCCACUUUACUACAGGAGACCGGCGUGGAUUUGCGAAACGUGGACCUUUCGAACUCCGACGAUAUUGAAGCGGCUUUUUCUUCCAAGGGGAUCAACAUCGAAGCAAACGGAAAGUCCCCACAGCAAAUCCUGAACAUUGUAUGUGGCCGUUUCAUCGAAACCAAACAUUGCAUGGGUAUGAUACCUACUUUGAUAUAUCAUCACCCCACAAUCAUGUCUCCCUUGGCAAAGGGAAACCCGGAUGACAACCUAUUUACGAGCAAACGGUUUGAAGUAUUUAUACAUGGCAAGGAGUACAUUAACGCUUAUGAGGAGGAAAACUCGCCAGUUUUGCAAUUGCAGAAGUUCAUAGCUCAGCAGGAAGCCCACGACAAUUACGGUGACGACGAGUCCCUGGCGGUGGAUACCGGCUACGUGGAGGCAAUGAAAUGGGGGAUGCCCCCCAUUGGUGGAUUUGGCCUAGGUAUUGACCGAUUAUGCAUGCUUCUAACGGGAAACUCAAGGAUAGAACGAGUAUUAAGUUUUGGCACGAUAGAUGACGUUGAAAGACAAUAA